AUCACUUCCGUGUUGACCACCCGACGAAACACGGGCGAAAUGAAAGUAAAGUCUUACGUGUCCUACUGUUGAUAGCUGAUAUUAAGAGUCGGGAGCGAUACUUUACUCACAACACAACAUCCAAACCAAGCGUAGGGACUUCAAAGCAGAAGCUGUCGUUCAGAUGUUAUGAUGCGUAACAGACAUAGAGGAUCCAAUAUCGGCCUGCUCCUGCUGGCCUCUCAGGUUUUCCAGCUGGGAAUCGACAACAUCCCACCAGUCACUCUUGCAACACUAGGGCUGAAUGUCUAUUUGUUCUUGUUUCCUUUCAAACCUCUCAUGCAGACAUGUCUGAGCGUUCGAGAGGCGUACUGUCACAGAGGCUGGAGCCGUCUGCUGCUGUCGCCGUUUCACCACGCUGAUGACAUGCACUUGUACUUCAACAUGGCCUCGCUUCUUUGGAAGGGCAUCAAACUGGAGAGGAAGCUGGGAGGUCCCUGGUUCGGGUACCUGCUCUCUGUCUUCUCUCUGCUCACCGGACUGGUCUACCUGCUCCUGGAGACAGGACUGACACACAUGACCGAAGACUCUUCAUAUAGUUUACAGUGUGCAGUGGGCUUCUCAGGUGUUCUGUUCGGGCUGAAGGUGGUGAAUAAUCAUUAUCAUCCAGGAGGGGUCACAUACGUCAUGGGGAUGCCCGUAGCCAGUCGCUAUGCCUGCUGGGUAGAGUUGGUCCUCAUCCAUAUUAUGAACCCCGGGACGUCAUUUGUCGGGCACCUGGCUGGGAUUCUGGUCGGUCUGCUCUAUACGACAGGACCCCUAAAAAGCCUCAUGAAAACCUGUGCAGGCUUUGUGACAUCCAAUGGGCAAUAUGGAGGACACCGAGCAUAUUACAAUUCAGCAGGAUACAGUGGAUAUGGAAACUCCCAGUAUGGACAGCAGAGGUUUAAUCCCAGGCACUAUGGCGCCUCCAACAGGCAGCAGUAUGACACGCGCACGCCCUCCGCACCGCCCCAGCAUCCCUAUACAGCAGGCCUAUCAGAAGAAGAGCAGUAUCAGGCAGCUGUCAGGGCCAGCCUGAAUAACAGAGGUGGUUCUCCGCAGGCUAGAUCAUCGCACAACGCGUAUGCCCACUCAAACCCAACUCCUGAAGAGAUACGCAGGCUACGACUUCAGAGGUUUAACAGCUGAACAAUCGGAGAAUGUGACGCAUAAUGAUAAUACUACUAUACUGUUUACAUUAAAGACGACACUAAAAACAGUCCAGAGCUAACGGAGGAGAUUCCUCCACUGCUGACUGGUUGUGUCACUGAAUAGCUUCAAUGCUGUUAUCAGGAGGUUUCAAAGGUGGUUGUCUGUAUUUCUAACUGCAGAGUUUGUACGCACAUUUGCUUUGGCUCUCAAUGCUGAUGUCUUUGCAUAAAGGUUGAACAUUAAUGACAUACUGUAUUUUCUUUUUGAAGUUUGUAUUUUGUAUAAGAUGAUUUUGUCUGUGCCAAUAAGUUUUACUAAGUAUAUGUAAAAUCUCUCAAGCUUAUAUCACUUGUGUAUUUCCAAACAUUUCUUAUUAUUAAAUAACUUCUACUUUUUUGUAAGAAAGUAUAUAUUUUAAAUAAACAAAUCAUUCUUAUUCCGA